AUCCCCGACCCCGUUUUGAACCCAGAAGGAGAACCAUAGAGGUAGAAAAAGACAAGAACUUCCGGGGAAAGGCAGAAACUUCCGGUCCACCUUGGAUUGCCAUCUUUAGUGGUUUGUCUCUCACACACUCACACAGAGACGCUCCAUUUCUUCACUCUGUCCAUCCUGCUGUGUCUCUCGGGGAGGAAGGGAAUUGUGGGAAGUGGCAGGAUCUUUUGCACAGCAAAUGCCUCUCCCCUUUGCGUCUGGUGCACUUUCUUGGAGUGGAGCUGGAGGCCAACCCCUGAAGGAGGAAAAAAGUCCCCACGUCCUGCUUUCACGCGGAACUUCGUGAAACCCCCGUGAAAAAGGAGCCGAGGCUUUCACGCCCCUCCUGUUGGGGGAAAGUGACUCCCGUCUCCUCCUCCAUCCCUGAAGGGUUCUGGGAGAAAAUUAUCUAGGUGGAAUUUACAUCACUAAAAUCUUCAUCCCUCAGGAGAGAACAAGGAGGUACUUUGGCUCUUCUUGGGAGGCUGCCUUGGAGCACGAAUGAAAGAUGGGAAAGGAAGACCCAGCUAGCUGCGAAGCAGGAGACUGCCCUGAGACCAACCAGGUGGGAAGCACUGGGGAACUCUGGGAAAGGACCAAGGAGGAGAUGCUGGUUGAGGACCUCAGGAGCUCAGAGGCCCAGCGCCUGCGCUUCAGGCAGUUCUGCUACCAGCAGGCCGAGGGCCCCCGAGAGGUUUUCAGCCGACUCCACAGCCUUUGCCAUCAGUGGCUAGAGCCAGAAAGUCACACGAAAGCUCAGCUCGUGGACCUGGUGAUCCUGGAGCAGUUCCUGGCCAUCCUGCCCCCGGAAAUGGAGAGCUGGAUCAAAGAGUGCGGAGCUGAGACCAGUUCCCAGGCAGUGGCCCUGGCAGAAGGUUUCCUCCUGAGCCAGGCAGAGGACAAGAGGCAGGAAGAACAGCAGGUGCAAGGACUGUUGUUGGAAGUGGCCACGGACUUCCCUGAGGCUGAGAAGGCUCCAUCAGGCACCAGGCAGAGGCCUCUGUCCAAGGAGAUCCCCAGGCAGGAGGACAGCAGUGGGGCCACCUUGCUGGGUGCUGGAAUGAGGCUGCCAAUGCCUUCUCAGCCAUCCUUUCUUCCUGGUGAGAUGGAAGAUGCUUCAGCACAACAGAAACUGGGCCAGGUGAGCUUUGAGGAGGUGGCUGUGCAUUUCACGGAAGAGGAGUGGGCUCUGCUGGAUCUGGACCAGAGAACCCUGUGCAGGGAAGUCAUGCAGGAGAACAGGAGGAAUGUGGCCUCUCUGGCAGAUGACAGUGGGGAAUUGAACAAGGAGGGAGUUUGCAAGGGAGGAUUGUUGGGUGGUGCCAGCUGGAAAGAGAGGAAAAAACAGAGAAUGAAGACUAAAGCAAAACAGAAGAACAGGAAUGGAUCUCAUCAUGGCGAAGUCCAUAAUAUUGGAGUCCAAAAAAUAAUGGGGAAAGAAACAGAAAAGAGAAUGUGCUCUCUGAGAAGGAAAAGCUUCUUUUCUGAACUAAGCUUUCAACCUCAGCGAGAAAAGCACACAAGAGAGAAACCAUAUAAAUGCUUGAAAUGUGGAAAGAGUUUCAGUGAGAGGGGAAAACUUACUAGGCAUCGAAGAGCCCAUACUGGGGAGAAACCAUAUACGUGCUUUGAGUGUGGAAAGAGCUUCAGUGACAGUGCAACGCUUACCAGGCAUCAAAGAACCCAUACUGGAGAGAAACCAUAUCAAUGCUUGGAGUGUGGAAAAAGUUUCAGUCGGAGUCAAUAUCUUACUAGGCAUCAAAGAACCCAUACCGGAGAAAAACCAUAUAAAUGUUUUGAGUGUGGAAAGAGCUUCAGUCGAAGUGGAAAUCUUACUAGCCAUCAAAGAGCCCAUACUGGGGAGAAACCAUAUAAAUGCUUGGAGUGUGGAAAGAGCUUCAGUCACAGUGCAACUCUUACUCGGCAUCAAAGAGCCCAUACUGGAGAGAAACCAUAUAAAUGCUUGGAGUGUGGAAAGAGCUUCAGUGAGAACAUAAAACUUACUAGGCAUCAAGGAAGCCAUACUGGAGUCAAACCAUAUAAAUGUUUGGAGUGUGGAAAGAGCUUCAGUCGGAGUGCAUAUCUUACUAGCCAUCAAAGAGCCCAUACUGGGGAGAAACCAUAUAAGUGCUUGAAGUGUGGAAUGAGCUUCAGUGAGAACAGAAAACUUACUAGCCAUCAAAGAGCCCACACUGGAGAAAAACGAUAUAUGUGCUUGGAGUGUGGAAAGAUCUUCAGUGACAGUGCAACUCUUUCUAGGCAUCAAAGAACCCAUACUGGAGAAAAACCAUAUAAAUGCUUGGAGUGUGGAAAGAGCUUCAAUCAGAGCGGAAACCUUGCUAGACAUAAAAGAAAGCACACAGGAGAGAAACCAUAUAAAUGCUUGGAGUGUGGAAUGAGCUUCAGUCAGAUUGGAACCCUUACUAGCCAUCAAAGAAUCCACACUGGAGAGAAACCAUAUAAAUGCUUGGAGUGUGGAAAGAGCUUUAGUCAGAGUGGAACCCUUACUAACCAUCAAAGAACCCAUACUGGGGAAAAACCAUAUCAAUGCUUGGAGUGUGGAAAGAGCUUCAGUCGGAGCGGAGGUCUUACUAGCCAUCAAAGAACCCAUACUGGGGAGAAACCAUAUAAAUGCUUGAAGUGUGGAAUGAGCUUGAGUGAGAACAGAAAACUUACUAGCCAUCAAAGAGCCCACACUGGAGAAAAACCAUAUAAAUGCUUGGAGUGUGGAAAGAGCUUCAGUCAGAGUGGAACCCUUACUAACCAUCAAAGAACCCAUACUGGGGAAAAACCAUAUCAAUGCUUGGAGUGUGGAAAGAGCUUCAGUCAGAGCGGAUAUCUUACUAGCCAUCAAAGAACCCAUACUGGGGAAAAACCAUAUAAAUGCUUGGAGUGUGGAAAGAGCUUCGGUCUUACUAGCCAUCAAAGAACCCAUACUGGGGAGAAACCAUAUAAAUGCUUGAAGUGUGGAAUGAGCUUCAGUGAGGACAGAAAACUUACUAGCCAUCAAAGAACCCAUACUGGGGAGAAACCAUAUAAAUGCUUGAAGUGUGGAAUGAGCUUCAGUGAGAACAGAAAACUUAGUAGCCAUCAAAGAGCCCACACUGGAGAAAAACCAUAUAAAUGCUUGGAGUGUGGAAAGAGCUUCAGUCAUAGUGGAACCCUUACUAACCAUCAAAGAACCCAUACUGGGGAAAAACCAUAUCAAUGCUUGGAGUGUGGAAAGAGCUUCAGUCGGAGCGGAUAUCUUACUAGCCAUCAAAGAACCCAUACUGGGGAAAAACCAUAUCAAUGCUUGGAGUGUGGAAAGAGCUUCAGUCAGAGCGGAGGUCUUACUAGCCAUCAAAGAACCCAUACUGGGGAGAAACCAUAUAAAUGCUUGAAGUGUGGAAUGAGCUUCAGUCGGAGCGGAGGUCUUACUAGCCAUCAAAGAACCCAUACUGGGGAGAAACCAUAUCAAUGCUUGGAGUGUGGAAAGAGCUUCAGUCGGAGCGGAGGUCUUACUAGCCAUCAAAGAACCCAUACUGGGGAGAAACCAUAUAAAUGCUUGAAGUGUGGAAUGAGCUUCAGUGAGGACAGAAAACUUAGUAGCCAUCAAAGAGCCCACACUGGAGAAAAACCAUAUAAAUGCUUGGAGUGUGGAAAGAGCUUCAGUCAUAGUGGAACCCUUACUAACCAUCAAAGAACCCAUACUGGGGAAAAACCAUAUCAAUGCUUGGAGUGUGGAAAGAGCUUCAGUCGGAGCGGAUAUCUUACUAGCCAUCAAAGAACCCAUACUGGGGAAAAACCAUAUCAAUGCUUGGAGUGUGGAAAGAGCUUCAGUCAGAGCGGAGGUCUUACUAGCCAUCAAAGAACCCAUACUGGGGAGAAACCAUAUAAAUGCUUGAAGUGUGGAAUGAGCUUCAGUCGGAGCGGAGGUCUUACUAGCCAUCAAAGAACCCAUACUGGGGAGAAACCAUAUCAAUGCUUGGAGUGUGGAAAGAGCUUCAGUCGGAGCGGAGGUCUUACUAGCCAUCAAAGAACCCAUACUGGGGAGAAACCAUAUAAAUGCUUGAAGUGUGGAAUGAGCUUCAGUGAGGACAGAAAACUUAGUAGCCAUCAAAGAGCCCACACUGGAGAAAAACCAUAUAAAUGCUUGGAGUGUGGAAAGAGCUUCAGUCAGAGUAGAACCCUUACUAACCAUCAAAGAACCCAUACUGGGGAAAAACCAUAUCAAUGCUUGGAGUGUGGAAAGAGCUUCAGUCAGAGCGGAGGUCUUACUAGCCAUCAAAGAACCCAUACUGGGGAGAAACCAUAUAAAUGCUUGAAGUGUGGAAUGAGCUUCAGUCGGAGCGGAGGUCUUACUAGCCAUCAAAGAACCCAUACUGGGGAGAAACCAUAUCAAUGCUUGGAGUGUGGAAAGAGCUUCAAUCAGAGCGGAGGUCUUACUAGCCAUCAAAGAACCCAUACUGGGGAGAAACCAUAUCAAUGCUUGGAGUGUGGAAAGAGCUUCAGUCGGAGCGGAGGUCUUACUAGCCAUCAAAGAACCCAUACUGGGGAGAAACCAUAUAAAUGCUUGAAGUGUGGAAUGAGCUUCAGUGAGAACAGAAAACUUAGUAGCCAUCAAAGAGCCCACACUGGAGAAAAACCAUAUAAAUGCUUGGAGUGUGGAAAGAGCUUCAGUCAGAGUAGAACCCUUACUAACCAUCAAAGAACCCAUACUGGGGAAAAACCAUAUCAAUGCUUGGAGUGUGGAAAGAGCUUCAGUCGGAGCGGAUAUCUUACUAGCCAUCAAAGAACCCAUACUGGGGAGAAACCAUAUAGAUGCUUGAAGUGUGGAAUGAGCUUCAGUGAGGACAGAAAACUUACUAGCCAUCAAAGAACCCAUACUGGGGAGAAACCAUAUAAAUGCUUGAAGUGUGGAAUGAGCUUCAGUGAGAACAUAAAACUUACUAGGCAUCAAAGAGCCCACACUGGAGAGAAACCAUAUACGUGCUUGGAGUGUGGAAAGCGCUUCAUUAAGAGCGGAGGUCUUACUAGCCAUCAAAGAACACAUACUGGAGAGAAACCAUAUCAAUGCUUGGAGUGUGGAAAGAGCUUCAGUCAGAGCGGAAACUGUGCUAGAUGUAAAAGAGACCAUACUGGGGAGAAACCAUAUAAAUGCUGUGCACCAGCCACUUCUGGUAUUAUCCUGGCAGGGGCAGCAAGGCGGUACACAUCUGCCCCAUGCCAGCAGUUUUAAAGACAGCGCUGGUGGGGGAAAUGUGGUGGGGUGGAAAGAGCACUCUCCCCGAUUCUUAAAGCUAUCCCCCCACCCACCCACACACACACCCCUUCAAAUCGGCUUGAGUCUCAGUCUUUCAAGCCAGUUAGGCGGUCCAGGAAUGAACUGCUGAACCGGUUCGUCAACAUCUCUAUUAAGAAGCGGACUGAAAGAACUAUGGAAAUUAUUAUCUCCAGGUUGUUGUGAUCAAAGCAGAAUAAUGGGUUGCUAAUAUUUAUGGAAAUGGGAAACCAAAAGGACCAAUGAGAAUUGUAGGCGCACUCCUCCUUUGCCUCAUUCCUCUCUCUUUCUUCUCUCCUGGAGCUCUUUCCCAAAAUGCUUUUCCUCUUAGGAACUCUUUUCCUUUCCUUUCCUUCCACACAGAUAAUUGGAAGGGCAGGAAGCAGCUCUGUUGGGGCCCUGGCUGUUUGAAUCUGCUCCUCCCCCCUCCAGGUUAUUAGCUGAUAAGAGCUGCUCCUGCCAGGGGUGCUCGCCUUUUGGCACCCGGGCGAGAGCAGAAGGGCUCUUGUCCUUGUGGUUCUCCACCUUGAGGUGUGCAGACUGAGCCCCAACCGGCAGGAAGAUCAUUUGGACUGUCCCUGCAUGUUUGACAACAUGGGUUAAGG